GAGGGCCUGAUGGAAAACACAAAGGACCUGUUCUGGUGUGAAAUGAGAAUAUACCACAGAAAAGCUCCACAGUUUUCUGAAGAGAAAAUGACUGAACAUUCUUCAAGAUCUGAAAGGAAGAGACGUGACUCGUUCGGGAUGUUUGAUGGUUAUGAUAGCUGUAGUGAGGAUACCAGUAGUAGCUCAAGCUCUGAUGAGAGUGAAGAGGAAGUUGCACCCUUACCCUCAAACCUCCCAAUUAUCAAGAACAAUGGACAGGUCUACACAUAUCCAGAUGGCAAAUCUGGCAUGGCUACCUGUGAAAUGUGUGGGAUGGUUGGUGUCAGAGAUGCCUUUUACUCUAAAACCAAGCGCUUCUGCAGUGUUUCCUGCUCAAGAAGUUACUCAUCGAACUCUAAGAAGGCCAGCAUUCUGGCCAGACUUCAGGUAACGGGAAAACCUCCAACAAAGAAGGCUAAAGUGCUACAAAAACAACCUUUAGUUGCUAAAUUAGCUGCAUAUGCCCAAUACCAAGCAACGGUACAGAACCAAUCAAAGACGAAAACAGCAUCUGUUCCAGUGGAAGGCUUCAGUUGGGGCAACUACAUCAAUAGCAAUAGUUUCACUGCCGCUCCUGUUAAUUGUUUUAAGCAUGCACCUAUGGGGACUUGCUGGGGUGACAUCUCAGAAGGUGUGCGCGUAGAAGUCCCUAACACAGACUGCAGCCUACCUACCAAAGUCUUCUGGAUUGCUGGGAUUGUAAAAUUAGCAGGUUACAAUGCUUUACUAAGAUAUGAAGGCUUUGAAAGUGAUUCAAGUCUUGACUUCUGGUGUAACAUCUGUGGUCUUGAUAUCCAUCCAGUUGGUUGGUGUGCAACAAGUGGGAAGCCUCUAGUGCCGCCUCGAUCCAUUCAACACAAAUACACAAACUGGAAAGCUUUUCUGGUGAAACGACUCACUGGUGCCAAAACUCUUCCUCCUGACUUCUCUCAGAAGGUGUCAGAAAGCAUGCAGUAUCCCUUUAAGCCUUCUAUGAGAGUAGAAGUUGUCGAUAAAACUCAUCUCUGCCGAACACGGGUAGCAAUUGUAGACAGCGUAAUUGGAGGCAGGUUAAGAUUGGUAUAUGAAGAAAGUGAAGACAAAACAGAUGACUUCUGGUGCCAUAUGUACAGCCCACUCAUACAUCCCAUUGGUUGGUCUCGGAGUAUAGGACAUCGGUUCAAAAGAUCUGAUAUUGCCAAGAAACAGGACUCUUAUUUUGAUGCACCCCCACAUUUAUUUGCUAAGGUAAAGGAAGCCGAGUCAAGUGGAGAAUGGUUCAAGGAGGGGAUGAAAUUGGAAGCCAUAGAUCCAUUAAACCUUUCUGCAAUAUGUGUGGCAACAAUUAGAAAGGUAUUAGCAGAUGGAUAUCUUAUGAUUGGGAUCGAUGGCUCUGAGGCAGCAGAUGGGUCUGACUGGUUUUGUUACCAUGCCACCUCCCCUUCUAUAUUCCCCGUUGGUUUCUGUGAAAUUAACAUGAUUGAACUAACUCCACCCCGAGGUUAUGCAAAACUACCUUUCAAAUGGUUUGACUACCUCAGGGAAACGGGUUCAGUAGCAGCCCCUGUGAAGUUCUUUAACAAGGAAGUUCCAAACCAUGGGUUUCAUGUUUCAAUGAAGCUGGAGGCUGUGGACCUCAUGGAACCUCGUCUAGUAUGUGUGGCUACAGUAACUCGUAUUAUUCACCGUCUGUUGAGGAUACAUUUUGAUGGCUGGGAAGACGAAUAUGAUCAGUGGGUGGAUUGUGAAUCUCCUGACCUCUACCCUGUAGGAUGGUGUCAGCUAACGGGUUACCAGCUACAGCCUCCUGCGUCACAAUCAUCAAGAGAUGGUCAGUCAAGCUCGUCAAAGCAGAAGAAAAAGUCAAAGUCACAACAAUACAAAGGACACAAGAAAAAGAGGAAGAUACCAGUUGGGAAGAAGCCUGUCAGUUUGUCGAGCGUCCCCAUGACAGGUGGGGUGCGGAGGAGCUUCUCUGGUGAUGAAGAGUUGACUCCUCCUCAGUAUCGAACCCUUCCAGCACAGACAGCCCCGGAGGCCUGCCAGCCUCCCAGGACUAGCAGAGAGUUCAGUCCCAGCCUCAAAACAGUCUCCUCACUGCAGCUGAAGGAGGAGUUGCUAGAUGGAGAGGAAUACAACUUUCUUCAAGGAGCAUCUGAUCAGGAAAGCAAUGGGUCAGCCAGCCACUACAUCAAACAAGAACCCUAAGGGCAGAUCAGGGCAGGAUGGUACAAAAUGAGCCUUUCUUCAAGACUGAUGUUCCCAUUCUGACGAUACAGUUUGAUGGCUUCUACUAAGGGCACUUUGCUAACUGCAGAUAAGAUUUCAAUUCAGAAUUUUUGGAGGAUGAGGAAACUAUUUUAGUGGGGGGGAGAUUUUUCAAUUUAUUAAAAAAAAUUGACACUUGUGUUGUAUUUGAAGCUUUUAAAAGAAUUUUUGUAAUAUUUUCGAGUUCAGAUUUAUUGUGCAUUGUUAAAAAAAAUGAGAUUCUAAUUUUUUGGUAAGAAUUAAAAGCUUAAUUAUAGCAGGAUUGCAGGAAACCCUUUGAGGAAGAUGAGGUGGUAGUAUAUAGUUGAAGAAAAAAA